AUGAGCUCAGACGACAUAGACGCCCUCCGUUCAGAGCUGCUUCGGCAGAAAAUAAUAUUCGAGGCGGAGCUGCGCCGCCAACGUGAGAUGUUUGAGGAGCGCCUUUCAAUCAUCUCCAACGAGCUCGCCGAUCGCGAGGCGGACUGCCUUAAUCUUCAGUCGGUCAUCACCAUCCUCGGUCGCAAAGUGGACGCCAUCGCGGAGCAGCGGGAACACAUCACCGUAGCUCAUCGCCCACUGACCCCGGCGCGCCAGCCAAGCAUUCAUGAGAGUCCUUUCCGUCGUAACCCUUCCACUCUCGUGCCGAGGCCAGGUAGUAAUGGCAAACCGCAAGAACGCCCCCGCGCCAACUCGACGGUGACGCCGAGUGGCAUUCGUCGACCCUCGCCAUCCUUCAACGACCCGCCAACGUCCUUGCACCGCUCAGGCAUGUCCAUCACCCGUGUUGCGUCUCUUAGUACCCUCAGCCGUACAAACAGUCCGCUCGUGCGUGGGCAUCCUGUCCGCCCGCUUCUAAGGACAAACACAUCCGCCACCUUGACGAGCGAUGUGAAUAGCAGCUGUGGCAAGCGUGUGCCGCGGCGUCGCACCGUGUCGAGGAGGCGGACGAGCAGCGUAAGCCACGUCGCUGGUAUUACGAGGACCAAUGGCUUGUAA